AUGUGGCGCUACGGGACAUGGCUACGGGGCGUGCCCAGCAGGCAGCCGGGGCACGCGGCAGCGCGGAGUCUCCCCAGGGCCGCCCGGCGGAGCUGCGGUGUCGGGCGAGCGAGGCAGAGGCGGCCCUCUACGCGCGGAGCGCGCUCCCGGCGGCUGGCGGGGACGCGCCGCCACCGCCCCCACGUGCGCGCCUCCGCCGGCGUAGCGCCCCUCUCCCCCCGGUCCGGCCCCCGCGCGCCGCCGCUGCCCUGCGCGCUGCGCCUCGCGCUGCCCCGCCGCCAGCCCGCAGGGGGUCGGGCUGCGCGCACACGUGUCCCCGCCCCCUCCCGCACUCACCCGCCGCCCUGUACGUGCUGCCCCCGUCACAGGGGGUGGGGGGGAUUGGGCCGGGCGGAGUCGCGCGUCGCUCUCACGUCAGCGCUGAUGCAGCCGCGCCGCCGCGGGGGCGCUGAGGAAAUGGCGUCUGCGGCGACUCCCAGCCCCAGGGGCCGCGGAAGGAGGCGGAGCUCGAGCACAGGCGGAGGCGCCGAGUGGCCGCGGGGCUCCCAACGGCCGCCAACCGCCACCGCGCGCCCUCCGGUAGCGCCCCUGAUUGGCCGCGGGGGGGGACGAGCCCUCCGCUACGGGCGGGGCCUCGCGCCGCGCUCGGGGCGCCGCCAUUCCGUGGGGCUGGAGGCCGCGUCGGGGCCGCUGGGCGGAGGCUGCCCGACGCGCUAUGGCCGGGUGUGGUGCCGGCCGCGCUCCGGCGGGCGAUAAGGGCGGGUGGCCGCGGUGCUCCAGCGGCCGCCAUUGUGGCCUGCUGCGGGAUAUGGCGCUGCCACCCACCGCUGCCGUUCCCUCGGCGGUGCCGGAGCCGAGAGGCGCGGGGAGCUGACGUGACCCUUCUGUUACACUUGCGUCAGACACUAGGCUACAGAGUAGCUUCAAUGACACGUCCGUACAUCAAUCAGUCUGUGUUCUGAAGUUACAUAUUUACCCAUGGAUCGUUAUUUUUUUUUUUUUUUCUGUGAGAAACUAUGUAGCAGCGUUCCAAGUAAGGAAGCAAAGCGCAGGUUGCGUCCACGAGCCGUCGCAGCUGAAGAAUUGGAGGACGUGUCUGUCAGAGCCGGUGCUGUGUCCAUCUAGGUUAAACAUUUGGCCUUGUUCAUGGAGUGAAAAGAAACUAAAUAUUGAUUUCCUGUGUUGGAAAAAAAUGUAACUCUUAUCUCUGACUUUGUGAAAAGUGAAUUACAUUUAUCUGCAAAAGCUAUCGCCUUUGACCGCUGAGGUCUGUAAAUUUGCCUCACAGAAGCUAUUUAUUUAGCUCAGCAAUUGAAGUCGCAAUGCAGUGCAAAGAAUACGUUUUUGUGUCCCUGGUGCUGAUGAGAGCUUUCAGUUUACAUUCUCCAUUUCCUUCGCUGAGAUAUUGAACAACAGCCCCUUCCUGUUUUGAGUUCAGUUUCCUUCCUUCGGAUUGUUGCAUAUAUUUUUAUGUGUCUUCUCAGUUUUAAAUAGUUGUUCUUCCCAUGGUUAAUAGCCUUCUGCUAUUGUAGCUAACCCAGAGGGCAUGACUUACGAACAUUCCUAAGAAGAUAUGAAAGCCCCUGGUGAAUUAGAAUCCAUCUCAGAGGAUAAUAACGUAAUCAAAUGAGCAGAUGAGUAAAAAUACUGUGAAUAACUGUGCUGAUGCCUUUGGAAGAAAUCCUGCCUUUUCCCAGUGAUAGCAAAAAGCCAACAGUAGCUAUAGAACAAGAAAUUUCUUGAGAAGAUGUUCAAGAAAGGAAACCAAUGCAAUGAGUUGCAUACAGUGAAUUUCCAUGGAACCCUUGUGAAUUUGGAGAAAGGUAUUUUCUAUUAAUUUUCAAGUAAGUCAUUAGCAGCUUUGUAAUGAUCAAUAACUUAUUACUAUCCAUAGCUUUUUUUUUUUUCUUUGUAGUUUACAUUUUCUAAAUAAUUGAAAAAUCAAGCUCCAGUCCGAGAAACAUCUGGUCAGAGGGCUGAGUGAGCUGCCAAAGGGAUUUAGUCUUUGAGAUAUAAAGGUGAUUAACCAGCUUCAGCUCUGGAAUACUUGACAUGGCUUACUGAGGCUGGUAGUGUUCUGCCCGGGGUGAGUCUGCCUGGCAGUGAGGGGGCUGGAGGAGGAAGGUAACAGUCGGGAAGCAUUGCAUUCUCACUGUGUUGGGGUAGUAUAUUAUUAACUGAGGCCGGAACGAGCUUUGCUACAAAAAUCAUUGUGACUAAAAUAAUUCUAAAAUGGCUCUAACUGGGAUCAAUCCCUAAAGUGUACCAAUUUAAUUUCAAAUACUAAGAGCAAAAGUAAUACAUAAGAAGAGAACACAGAACAUCCGUGAUUAUUACCAUAAUUUAAACAAGAUGGUUCUGAACAUAAAUUUGAAAUCCAGGCACUUCACCACCAUCAGACUGACUACCUGGGUCAUCUUCCUCUUGAAAAUGUCUGAUCUGAUGCUGCCUUGCAAAUUCAAGGAAAUACAAGCAAUUCAGCAAAGGUUACUUUUUUUCCUACAUUUUUUGUCUUUUUAAGUAGCGUAACUCAGUGCCAGCCUAAGCAGCCGCAGUUGCUUCUGGCAUCACAUUCCCACCACCUCAGUCAUGCUGAGGCAACCCAGAAUCCUGUAUGGGAAGUAGUCUGAGUUAGAAAUGGUACAUCAAGAAGAAAGAGUUGCUUUUGGCCUGGAUGAAUUCCUAAGUUGGUCCUCUGCACCAUCACACAGAGAAGUACUACCUUGACUGAGGUGUUAAUGCACAAGCAAGGAGUUGGAGUGACUUCAGUUGGCACUGACAAUGAAAGAAUCAUGACGUACUUUGCAAAGAAUGUAAAUACAUCACCAGUGCAUGUGACGUCAGUAUGAACACCAUCUACGUAUUUCAUGAAAUCAACUGAUUUCACAUAUCAGGCCUUCACACUUAUUAUCCAAAUAAGUUUUUUAAAGAAUGAGUUUAAUAGAACUUGGUGCAUUUCAAUUAUAGUGUUAUGAGACACAUAGUUUUCUUGUAAAACAAUACAGAGAGUGUAAUGACAUAAGUAAAGACAAAAAGGGUUAUGCUGCUUAUAUAAUUUGUAGAUUUCUUUUUGACGACAUCCUAGACAUUUGAAGGUUAUGUAGAUCAGGCUGACAAAAAUAGACUGGCAUUCUAAUUUAAAUAAUACUUCUAUUUAAUAAAUUUGCUUUAUAAAUAAUGUUCCCAAUAUUGCCCUCUUGACUGAUGGUUUGUUUUAUUUUUUUCCUGUGAAUUUUUUCAUCUUACAAUGAUUUGGCGCAUUACAUACACAUCUUCUCAGUCUAUUCCACACCUACGCACCCUAAAAAUUAAAGAAAUUGAAGACCGGUGCAAUUUAGCUUUUAGAUAAAACAACAACAACAACAAACAAACAAACAAAAAAACACCUUUUAUUGAGUUCAUCUCUGAAAUGCCCUACAGGCUAUUUUUAUUAAGAAGAUAAUAAGUCAUGGGUAGUUUAUUACACCAGAAAUAAUCCCCAAGAAAUUUGUUUUCCUAUAACACUUAAUAAAGCUCACCAUUAGGAUUGUCUAACCAUGCUGUUAUUCUUUACUUAUGCAGUCUGAUGCUUGUUGUCUACAUCUUUGUUUCCGUAAAGACUGUGUGCUUAUAAUAAUUGUCACUGGUAACAAAUCAGUACCUUUGUGGAUACGUAAACCUAGAAGAUUAGGGAGGGACUCCUUAAUCAGGGAGUUAUCUUGGAGUCCCAUGGUCAGACAUGGAGAAAUGGCUUUGAAGUAAAAGAGGGGAGACAUGGGCUAGGUAUAAGUAAGAAAUUCUUCUCAAUGAGGGUAGUAAGGCCCUGGAACAGGCUGCCAGAGAAGCUGUGGAUGCCCCAUCCCUGGAAAUCUUCAAGGCCAAGUUAGAUGGGAUCCUGGGCAGCCUGAUCUAGCCAUAGGUGUCCCUGCACAUGGUUGAACUAGAUGAUCUUUAAGAUCUCUUCCAACCCAAACCAUUGUAUGGUUCCAUGAAUUGCCAAAAAUGAACUGCACUGUGGAUCUCUAAAUGGACAAUUCAAGUUGUUGAAGAUCUCUACUCAUACUCUUUGCCUCUGAAAGAAUAGAAGGGCAAGUGCAGAACCUCCACUGUGGUCACAGGGAAGUGAAGUCACAACACAGAGCCAUUGUUUUCACAACUUAUUUUGCAAGCGUGUGAGCCAGAAGUAACCAAUACCCUCAGGAUGCAACAGGAUGGCCUGUAUGAAGCAACAUGUUAGGCAAGAGGUAUAUACCGUAAAGAGUAUGAAAUCUAAUAUACUGUAAUGACAAAAUAUAAAGUUAAUAAUUUAUUUUAACUUUUUUUUUUUAAUAAAUUGCUUUCAGGGAGUAUAUUUUUGGAAGUAUCAUUACUUUGAUUUUCCUGGGUUUGUAAUGAUUUCAUUUUAGAUAAUAACUUACAAUAAUGCUACAGUAUUUUAUUCUCAUAAGCAUAGAUGUACAGUCUGAAACACAACAUUUCAAAGUUUUAUGAGAAGAGGAAUUGAUAAAAAUCACAGUGUCUGUUUCUCAUCUACAAUUCCUCUGUCCAGACUCCAUCACUGUUAUCUCUGCACAAUGGUGCCAGGUAGAAGAAAAAUACAGAGAACUUCUUAAGUGCUAACAGUUGGGCAAAUAGCUGGAUAUUCUGUGAAUUGUGAUGUACUCAUUGACUGCAUGCUUGUUUCAUGAAAGAAAUGAUUGUAGUGGAAAAAUAAAACUCCAGUUUGUUAACAGUGUAAGGUGGAUUGAAUGUUUAGAGGAUUGCCUAGCAAUUUCAAGAUACAUAAAUGAUGGUAUUUCUGCAGCAGAAAAUCUCAAUGGCAAUUGAGACAUGAUAUAUUAAAAAAAAAAACACUGCAGAAUAAUGAAUAUUCCCUAUAUAAUAAUUUCCUCACUUAUAGCAUGGACAUAAUAUGUACUUCACAGUACUCCUAACUACUUGCAGUUUAUUACAGUUUGCACUUAUCUGGUGGAAAGUGGUUUUGUAACUCACAACUUGAAUAUAAAUUCAAGUCUUCUUGCAAACAAUGCUAUUUAAAAUUUGAAUAAAGCAAACUGUACCAUUGAAAGUCUUCUGAAUAGGUUGCAUAAGAGAACUACAUAGAAAACAGAGUUUACUUGCACAAAAACUUCCUGAAAGGAUUAAAAAGGCUCAAAUAAUUUAAUGUGAAUAUUCUGUACCACAGGAAUGUGCAUACUGUCAACUGCUUACUGUUGUAUAGUCAUGCUUUGCAGAAGGUUUAUGCUGUAAAGCAAAGUAAACCAAUGUAAUAACACAGGUGAAAUUAAGACAGACACUGAGAAUCCACCUCGAAUAUACAUGAUCGCCAGGUGAAUAUCAGCCAUUCACACAAUGCAAUAAAAUAGAAACACAUAAAGAUCUCAUGCUCCUUCAAAAGAACACAAUCAAAGUGUGAAAAACU